AUGCUUUCAAGAGUAGCGCUACGGCUCGUUCGUUCGAGCCGCCCGGUUCGAGUGUCACCACUCCUCGCCGUGUACGCUGCGAGGUCGCGAACUUUUACGUGGACGCGGACAUUGGCGAACAAUGAGCCUCCGCGGAACUCGAGUCCCGCCGAGUCCAAUUCAUCCAAAUCAGAGAACCCGGAAUCCUCAAGCCCCUCAGAAACUUCGAAACCAGAAGCUACGGAUUCGCAAGCGGCAGAGAAGUCUGACAUUGAUUGCAAUCAAACUGAUGCCGAGGGCAAGCCUGCCUUCCGUCUUCCCGACCUAACCCAGGGUAUCCCAUCUACCCUCGAAUACGAAACCGCCGGAGCCACGAGGUCCGCACUCACUGCCGCGCCCGGCGAGGAUGGCCGUCGUGAACUUCCCGAUUCAGCCUACAUCUCGUCAUCCGACAGGAAACAACAAAGCUUCGCCAAAUGGUCCUUCAUCUCAGCGCUCGUCGGCAUGGUGGGCGCCGUAGCCUACCUCGGCCGCAACUGGGAAGAGGAUGAGGAAGCAAGGUUCCCCGAAGCGCCAAACGGAUGGAACCCCGCGGCAUGGUGGAAGCGGGCUAAGACGCGGUCCAACACCAUCGUGACAUAUUUCAGCGAACCUGCCUUCGAGACCCUUCUGCCCAAGGUCGAUCCCAUGCUUGAGAAGCCUUAUACUCUGUGCAUUAGCUUGGAGGAUAUGCUUGUGCAUAGCGAGUGGUCUCGUGAGCACGGUUGGCGGGUGGCGAAGAGGCCUGGCGUCGAUUACUUUUUGCGGUAUCUGAGCCAGUACUACGAGCUGGUUCUAUUUACUAGCGUGCCUUCUGCGAUUGCUCUUCCGGUUAUCCAGAAGCUCGAUCCCUUCCAGAUGAUUAUGUUCCCUUUGUUCCGUGAAGCGACCAAGUACAAAGAUGGUGAAUUCGUCAAGGAUCUCUCCUACCUGAACCGUGACCUUUCCAAGGUCAUCAUCCUCGACACCAACCCCGCCCACGUCAGCGCCCAACCCGAGAACGCCAUCAUCCUGCCCAAGUGGACCGGCGACGCCCACAACUCCGACCUCGUCUCUCUAAUCCCCUUCCUCGAGUACAUCCACACGAUGCAAUACGGCGACGUGCGCAAGGUCCUCAAGUCCUUCGAGGGUCAGCACAUCCCCACGGAAUUCGCCCGCCGCGAGGCCAUCGCCCGCGCCGAGUUCCAGAAGCAGAUCAAGAGCCAGAAGGCCAGCCGCGCCUCCUCGGGCGUCGGCUUCUUUGGGAACAUGCUCGGCCUCAAGUCCUCCAACAUGAGCAUGAUGGUGUCACCCGACGGCGAGCCGAGCCCCAGCGAGGCUUUCGCCAAGGGUAAGAUGAUCCAGGAUAUCGCGCGCGAGAGGGGCCAGCGGUAUGUGGAGGCACUAGAGAAGGAUAUUCGGGAGAAUGGGGAGAGGUAUUUGAAGGAGCAGCAGGCGUUGAUGGAGCAGCAACAGCAGGAGAUGAUGAAUAGUAUGAUGGGGUCCUUCUCGACCAUGUUUGUCGAUAAGAAGGAUGGUCAGGCGCCGCCGCCGGCCCCUAAGAAGGAUUAA